AUGCUCUCCACACCUCUACCGAAUCCGUCGCUACAGGUCACCGCGGACCACAGUCUGAAGCAGGUGGAUGCACCUGUACAUUCACCGGGCAAGGGCGAAGUGCUUUUACACAUCAAGGCUACUGGAGUUUGCGGGUCAGACAUACAUUUCUGGAGGACCGGACGGAUAGGUUCUCUCGUGGUGGAGGGCGAUUGCAUACUCGGCCAUGAAGCAGCCGGUAUAGUCUUGAAAUGCGGAGAAGGCGUCGCCAACCUCAAGCCUGGUGAUCGCGUAGCAGUGGAACCCGGUGUCCCUUGUGGCGAGUGCUUCCUCUGCCUCGAUGGCCGCUAUAAUCUCUGUGAAGACGUCCAAUUCGCAGGCGUAUACCCUUACCAUGGCACUAUCCAACGGUACAAAACACAUCCCUCGAAAUGGUGCCACAAGCUCCCCGACAACGUAACGUACACCGAGGGCGCUCUCCUGGAACCCCUAUCUGUCGUAAUGCACGGCAUAAAGUCCGCAGGUCUAUCUCUCGGUCGCGGUGUAGUGAUAUGCGGUGCGGGCCCCAUUGGUCUCAUCGCACUCGCUGCUGCGCGCGCUUCUGGCGCUCAUCCGCUCGUGAUUACGGACCUCGAGCCCCGAAGGCUGGAGUUCGCGAAGAAGUUUGUACCAUCUUGUCAGACGUAUCUGGUUGAUAAGAAUUUGGAUGCGCAGGCCAAUUCGAAGCGGAUACGGCAGCUCUUCGGCAUUGAGAUGGUGGGCGAAUAUGGUGCACCAGAGACGGUGCUCGAGUGCACUGGCGUGGAGAGCAGUGUUGUUACUGCUUGUUAUACUGCUCGAAGAGGUGGGACGGUCAUGGUGAUUGGCGUGGGGAGAGAGAUUAUGAACAAUCUCCCCUUUAUGCACCUGUCACUCGCUGAGAUCGACCUCAAGUUCAUCAACCGCUACCGCGAUACCUGGCCGUCCGGUCUGCAGUGUCUAGCCGGAAGUAUCCUCGACCUAAAGUCUCUCGUCUCGCAUACGUUCCCGUUAGAAAAGGCGCUGGAUGCGCUGCAUACAUGUGGGGAUCUGAGCAAUGGGAGUAUUAAGGUGCAGAUUGUUGAUGAGGUGGAGGAUGUGCUUUGA